AUGAUAGAUCAAUCCACUGAAAUCCAAAUGCUGAAUAGGUAUCCGAAACUUAAGAAUCUUUUUAUUAAAUACAAUACACCUCUUACAUCAUCGGCGCCAGUGGAAAGAAUGUUUUCAUACGCGGGUUUGGUCAAUACUCCAAGACGCUCCUUAUUAACCGAUUUACAUUUUGAACAAUUAGUCAUUUUAAAAGCAAAACGUGAAAAAUAUAAAAUUUUGGAGGUGAUAAUUUCAAAGGACGAGCAACUAACUAAACUCCUCGUUUCAAGAUUUUUAAAAUAUCCAUCAUUCAAAACCCUGAAAAACCACUGUAAAAGUUUAGAAAUAUCGUGUAAUGGCAUAGUUUGGAUAUCAGUCUGGUUGACAUUUAUAUAUUUAUUUAGCAAAAAAAAUAUUUGCGAAAUGCAAAUCAAUAUGCUUAUCGGUCUAAUAAUGGAUAUAAUAAUUAUAGCAAUAAUAAAAUCUAUAUGCAGACGAAGAAGACCAACUGUUCCAGUUGAUAUGUUAGUACUGGGUCCUGACAAAUUUAGCUUUCCAUCUGGACAUGCAUCAAGAGCAUCAUUCGUUACAUUGUUUUUCACUUGCAUUAAUCCUGUUUCAAAAAUUUGGUGGAUGCCGUUAAUAUGUUGGUGCUUAAGCGUUUGCCUAUCGCGUAUAUUGAUACAGCGUCAUUAUAUAUUAGAUGUCGUUGCUGGUUUUGCUAUUGGUUUCGUGGAGUCUUAUUUAUUGAAUUUUAUAUGGAUAGGCGAAAGUGCAGCUGAAAAUCUUAUAAACUUUGUUAUGAAUGAUGAUUUACCUAUUGAUGUUGAAUAGAAAAUUAUUAAUUUUAUUAACGUCAGCGUUUUUAAAUGCCUAAUAUAACAUUAUUAAUAUAAAUAACAAUUUUGUAAUUUUAUUGUAUAUUUUAUAUUCAAUUUAUAAAAACACAUUUUUUUUAAAUUAUAUUUGAAUUACAACUACUUACUAAUUGUGUACUCCAAUUUUGGGUUCGAAGUUAUCUAUAUUAAUAAAAUAUAAGUGUUUGUUCGUAAUCAAUAAACUCAAGAACUAAUAAGCA